AUGCGCUCCGAGACUCCUAGCUACAACAUCGUCCGUGCCUUUCAAAUUCCUCUUAGGAUUAGAUCUCAUCUACUCUUCGCCUUGGGUGAUCUCAUCCUAAUCUGGUGGCCCAACCAGCCCCAGAGGAGGGUGGCGCGCCGAAGCAUCCUCAAAACUAUCGAGGCUGCAGUACUGGACCCUUCCCCAGGCAAGACUCUUGAGGAAUGGGGUGUACAGCACCUGAGUAGUCUCACUAGCACAGCAGUUAUGUGGAGCAUAAAGGCUCAGAACAUUACAGGAACAGUCUUGAUAUACUGUUUCGGGGCUACUUAUAUCCAGGGUUUAGGACUAAUCCUAUCUACUUUAGCAUUUAAAAGUUAUCUCAUCAUAAAGCACUUUCCUUCGGGUAUUUCCAACUUUACCCCUCUUGAGCUAUUUAUCCUAGGUCGCCUAUCCCUCGCCAGUUAUCCAGACAAGUCCGUUGCGACGUAUAAGCUGGAAAAGGACUCCCUCAAAACAUUCCGUCGACAAGGUCUACUUAAUACUGCAAGACGAAAAAGCGACCCCGAACGACGGAGAUCGAGUAAAAUGGCUGGCUUAGUCGAUAGCACGAAUAACGAGGGCCAGGACAAAGGUCGGACACCGCUGGCGUGCGCAGCAGAGGCCGGCCACAUCGUGACCGUUGCGAAGCUGCUCGCAGGCUCACCCGAAUUCAAUAUCGACAUAGACGCACGCGACUACGAUGGUUGUACGCCCCUCACGAUCGCCUCCCAAAAGGGACAUACCGCUGUGGUGGAGCAGUUGCUUGCCCAUGGUGCCAACCCCAACUUCCGAGACUUCAACCAGAUCACACCACUAUGGCACGCGGCUCGGCACGGCCAUACACCAAUCGUUCAUUUGCUACUGAAUAGUAGGCAAAUAUCAGAUGUCAACUCGCGACCUAUCUGCCCCCAGGAGAACAGGUUAGAUACACCCCUAUCUAUCGCAAUCAAGAAGGGUCAUCAGGAAACGGCCGAGCUGCUAUCACGCACAGAUGGCAUUAAUCCGUGCCUAAGAACAGGACUAUCCGCUGAGACUUACUGGGACAACCUCAGUAUAUUGGGCCUUGCUAUUCGUAGCGCAUUUGAAGAUGUGGCCUUGGCUCUCUUGGAUAAGUGCAACCUCGGGCACGACAAUGAAGAUGCUGACUCCGGUGAUGAUGGCUCUUGCGUCGAGGAUUCUGACGAGAAUUUCUCUUGCGCCAGUGGCUCUGAUAUUGAUGGCUGUGAUGCUGAAAACUCUUCUUCUGAGGGUGUUGAUGGAUACGGCACUGAUGGUUCUUGCGCAGAGUAUUCCGAUGCCAAGGACUCCAAUGCUGAGGGCUCCGCUGGUAAGAACUAUGAUAAUCACAUAUUUGACAGUAACGGUACCAAGGAACCCAUGGAACCUGUAUCGAAGCUCCUGGUUCUCGCUGUGGUGGCUAGUUGCUCUCGAAUUGUCCAAGAGCUUUUGACCACGUACUGCGCCGAUGUCAACGCGACUCAUUCAUAUUACGCAGGAGAAGCGCUGAGUUGGGUUAAAGAUAGCCCACUGAUGGCAGCGUCCAGGCGGGGCGAUCUUAACACAGUCCAUUUGUUGCUAGGUCUGGACGAGAUCAGACCCGGCGUUAGUUCAGACCGUAGCGACUCGGCACUUGCCGCUGCUGCCCAGGGCGGCUUCCUUGAUGUGGACAAGACACUGGUUGCCAAUGGCAGAAUUGAGGUUGACUGUAAGAAUGAGGAAGGGCGCACCGCUCUUUCGCUUGCAGCCGAGAGUGGUUUCGAGGCUGUGGUGGCAGAACUGCUAGCGACUGGAGCAGCCGACCCGAAUAGCCAAGACAACAAGGGGCGAACGCCACUUAUCUGGGCCACAGAUCCUACAGGUGGAUAUGGUCCUGGUGGUUGGCAGCUGCGUGAGGGAGUGAUCAACAGGCUGCUCGCCAAUGACCAGACUGUUGUUAAUACUGAGGACUCAGAAGACCAGACAGCACUACUAUACGCGGCUAAAAAUGGUGCCUUAGGACUUGUCGUGGCUCUUCUCGGUCACCCUGAGAUUGAUUCGAUGGGAGGAUCCGCGAUAUGGUCGCCGUUGGGAGAAGCAGCCACAAAAGGCCACGCGGACGUGGCCCAGACACUGCUAGCUAAAGGGAGGGUUGACGUUAAUACUGUAUGUGAUCUGUUUGGAAGUACAGCACUCAUGCUUAUGGCCGGUUGCUGUGACGCCGAAGACGACGUCAGUACGGCUCAAGUGCUGCUUUCCGCUCCCGAAAUCGAUGUAGACUUCCAGGACGACCGCGGUAAGACAGCAUUAAUGGGCGCUGCAUCUAGAGGCGCAGCUGGGAUGGUCAAGCUUCUUUUGGCUUCUGGGGCCGACCCAAACAUGCAAGAUCACGAUGGCAACACGGCUAUCUCACAUGUGCGGAAAAUUGAGAUAAUGAAGGCGCUUCUCGAGGCUCCGGGGAUCAAGCCCGACCACCCCAACAACGAGGGGCGGACAGCACUCUCUCUCGCUGCAGAGGCUGCCAACAUAGAGUGUGUUAACGGCCUUCUUUCAAUCGAAGACGUCAAUCCUGACGCGCGGGAUAUAUACGGUCGAGGCCCGCUGUCGUGGGUUUUUGAGAAGAAUGGUCUCCAGUAUGGUUGGGCAAGAGAAGAGCGGAAAGAAGUAUUGCAGCAGCUGCUUAGGAUUCCCACAGUUGAUCCUAAUGCUGAGGACAAUUAUGGCAGUACGCCGCUCCUUCUAGCGAUUAUGUCUGACCAUGGCAAUGAAUAUGUCGAGGUUCUGCUGUCUCGGCCAGAUCUCGACGUGAAUCAACCCCCAAUUGAGGGCACUGACAGCCCGCUCGAUACUGCAAUGAAAAUAGGCAAUAUGGACACCGUGGCACUCUUGCGCGCCAGAGGUGCCACGGAUUCAGUUGAGUCUGUGAAACCUCGUAGUUCUGGGAAGAACUUUGUUGUUGAUGAGGGCGGUUCACCUAGUGGAAGAUAUGUGUUUGAGUACAUCCCACCACAGCAGCGACAUCGUCGGUCACUAUCUCAGGAAAGCGGAACUAGCUCCACAAGCUUUGAACCUGAUUAUGACCACCGACCUUUCGUGACACAUGGUUUUGAAGGUGUUUUACGAUGGGAACUUCUCAGGGAGCACCGCCUGCGUCUAGGCCAGCAACAGACCUACAUCGACGAGUUGGCAAAAAGUACAACAGGCAUAUGCGCGUCAUGCUCAGCUAUCGACUUAGGUUCCGUGUUUUGGACACGCCAUACAGAUUACCGAGGGCGGGUGAUCGCCGACCUAGGUAGAGUCGACGAGACUUGGAAGAAGAGGUCUUGUCCUCUGUGCCGCCUGUUUGCUACUGUAUAUCCUCGUACGAGCCUCAGGGAAGGGCACAAGCUAGUCAGCUUCUCCACGAUACAAUCUUGGCUCUGCCAUGCAGAGAAGACCCACUGGCUCGACCUUCGAUACAAACGCUUCGUCGACACUAUGUUACUUGCCGUUGUGCCUGCCAGCACAUUGGUUGCUGGCGAGGUGGAUCCAGUCCAGUCUUAUUCUUGGUGUGAAAGUCCACCAGGACGUGACAAGGAUACUGUCAAAGCCGCUUUCUCUUCUGGCGUUAUUGGCCGCCUCGGCAGUAAUGGUCCAUCUCAAGGCGCUGUGACUAUCAUGCAGCUCGGUACCGAGAUAAUUGACUGGAGUAUAGCCAGAAAUUGGAUAAAACACUGGGGGUCUCAAACUGGCGAUCCACCGCCAUAUGUAGCUUUGAGCUACGUAUGGGGCAAGUCGCAAGGUAGUCAGCAAUCGGCGAAACAGAAGCAGCAGGACAGCCUCGGCAGAAAGGGAGACGGGUCAGUGGAUCCAACUAUCGAGGACGCCAUGAGCGUGACACUAGAAUUGGGCUAUACGUAUCUAUGGGUAGAUCGAUAUUGCGUUGUGCAGGAAGGGAACGAGGCCGUUAAGCAGGAGCAGCUACGACAUAUGCAUCUUGUUUAUGCCAAUGCCGAGGUGACUCUAAUUGCAGCCGCUGGUGAGGAUUCAUCAGCUGGCUUACGCGGUGUCCCAGGACGCCCGAGAAACCGGCAACCCAGUGCCUUUAUCCAGGGCCACGCGCUGGCAAGUAUUCCUCCAGAUCCCUCCCACCACGUGGGCUCCAACUCCACCUGGGCAACUCGAGCAUGGACAUAUCAGGAGGGACUACUAGCACGGCGUCGUCUUUACUUCUCAGAACAUGAGAUGUCUUAUGAGUGUCGCAACAUGCUAUGUCGUGAGGCAAUUCGAUUGCCUCGUGGCUUUGAGCAGCGUAUAUCUGGACACAAGCCGCGUUUCAUGGAGCCCUUUUGGAUGUAUCAGCCAUACAGGCUUCCCGGGAUGGACACAUCCCAUACUGGUAUUGGUCUCUUUGACCUCUUGGCUGUUUAUAGCAAACGACAGCUUACCUUGGAAUCAGACACCCUCAAUGCCAUGCUUGGUAUCUUCAAUUUGGUUGCUCAACACAAGACAAGACCUAUUUACCAUAUCUGCGGCGUCCCCAUUCUACGCCUCGACGACCCUCGCCCUGGCACAAGAAAUUGGGGACAACGAAAGACCAAAGUAUCUGGCGACAACUGUGGUACUGAUAUAAACCCCGCUGUAAGCCUCGGUGGCUUUGUCGACGGGUUGUGCUGGCGACUUGAAGAGACUGCCCAUCGACGGCCAGGUUUUCCGAGUUGGUCAUGGACAGGAUGGCAGGGCGUGGUCACUGGCGCGGAACGGCAUAUGGAUCCCAUAAAGCAAACUUAUGGAUUCGCGAUAGAAGUAUCAAUCAUUCCUGACGGCCGAGAGCACGCGGUCGCAGUGCCGUGGAGCCGCUGCUAUAAUCAAUUGCGGAUGGUCGACAAGAGCGAUCCGGAUAUUCGAACCGGACAGAAGCAUAUACUUGAGAUCACGGCUAGCGCCGCCACAGUACGAUUUCGGAAGGGAGAGUAUGACGGACGGCCCGAUACGUGGAUCGGUAUGGUAAUUGCUGGCGAGGACGUAUGUCAGGGUGAGUUCUUCCUCACCAGCAAGGAUCUGCCUACGUCGUCGCUGCCACAGCAGCAGUGGACAGGCAUAGUAUUAGGAAAUUCGGAGGAUAUGGAAUACCUCGCCCACGAUAACGACAAGAACGGAUUCUUCCUUCACCAUACGAUUGUGCUCAUUAUCCAAGAACAGGAGCGGAAGCAGCGGCAUGGGCAGGGCCACAAGUAUUACGAGCGUAUUGGCCUUCUGACUCUUGCGUAUUGCCCCCUAAAUGGCAGUAUGUUAGAACGUCGGACCCGGCGGGUUAUGUAA